AUGCAUGAGGGAAGAAUAAGUAGUCAGGAACUGGUCACUUUGAAUGUGGGAGGAAAGAUAUUCACAACAAGGUUUUCUACGAUAAAGCAGUUUCCUCCUUGGUUAGCAUGCAUGUUAGAUGGCAGAGACCAAGAAUUCAAGAUGGUUGGUGGCCAGAUUUUUGUAGACAGAGAUGGUGUUUUAUUUAGUUUCAUCUUAGAUUUUCUGAGAACUCACCAGUGUUUAUUACCCACUAACUUUUCAGACUAUCUUAGGCUUCAAAGAGAGGCUCUUUUCUAUGAACUUCAUUCUCUGGUUGAUCUCUUAAACCCGUACCUGCUACAGCCAAGACCUGCUCUUGUGGAGGUGCGUUUCCUAAGCCAGAACACUCAAGAUUUUUUCAGGGUGUUAGGCUCCUGCAGCAAAACAAUUGAGAUGCUAACUGGGAGGAUUACAAUGUUUACAGAACAACCUUCAGCACCAACCUGGAGUAGUAACUCUUUCCGUCCUCAGAUGACAUUACUUCCACUGCCUCCACAAAGACCUUUCCAUGACCUGGUUUUCCAGUGCAGCUCUGACAGCACUACUGAUAACCAAACUGGAGUCAGGUAUGUUUCUAUAAAAUCUGAUAACCGAAAAUUGGCCAAUGGAACAAAUGUCCUCGGCUUCUUGAUUGACACUGUAUUAUAGGAAGGCUUUCGUUUGGUCAGUACUAGAACAGUAUCCUCUGAAGACAAAACUGAAUACUAUAGCUUUGAAAGGAUUAAAAGCCCUGAAGCACUCAUCAUCAAUGAAACACCAAAAUCAGAGACUAUCAUCAUACCAGAAUAAUCUCAGAUAAAUAAAUGAAGUUGUCUGUUCUCUUUUAAAGAGAAAUUUCCAUUUUUCUUGUUUCAUUACAUAUUUAGGGCAUACAUGUUAGCCAAAUCUAUACUCAGGCCUAACUCUUGGCUUCAUCUGCUACCAUGCAGUCUCUGGGCAGCCAGGCCCCAACUGUGCUUAAGCCAUAAUGAUUGCUGCUCUCUAGACAGCUCCAUGUAGUUGGUGCUUUGAUAUAUGUCCUACCUUCAAUAUAUCUUUCCAUUGUUCUUCUUCAUGAACACUUACGAGCAAAGAUUACACCACUGCACUCCUGCCUGGGUGACAGAGCAAGAUCUGUCUAAAAAAAUAAAAAAAUAAAAAAAAAAUGAUCAAACUGAUGGAUACCCUAAGUACCCUGACUUGAUCAUUACAUAUUCUAUGCAUGUAACAAAAUAUCACAUGCACCCCAUAAAUAUGUACAAAUAUUACAUAUUUGUAAUAUUUGUUGGGCUUCCCAUAUUUUCUCACUUA